CCCUCCCUUCUCGCCGUGCGCCGGCCUAGCGGGGCCCUGCGUGUCUUGCGAGGUGGGGGAGCGGCGCUGCCGCGGGGCACCGGCAGCUCCGGCCUGGUGGUACCGUUGCAACCUGCCUACAGGUGGUUCCAGUGCAGAACCUGCAGCAUCCUUAACUCUCGGCACUCCUGCACUUAGCCCACAAUGGCAGGUCGAGGUGGAGCUGCCCGACCGAAUGGACCAGCUGCUGGGAACAAAAUCUGCCAGUUUAAACUUGUCCUCUUGGGCGAGUCAGCAGUGGGGAAGUCCAGCCUGGUCCUGCGCUUUGUGAAGGGGCAAUUCCACGAGUACCAGGAGAGCACAAUUGGAGCUGCCUUCCUAACACAGACAGUGUGUCUGGAUGACACAACGGUGAAGUUUGAGAUCUGGGACACGGCGGGGCAGGAGCGAUACCACAGCCUGGCCCCCAUGUACUACCGGGGGGCUCAGGCAGCCAUCGUGGUCUACGACAUCACCAACACAGACACAUUUGUACGAGCCAAGAACUGGGUGAAAGAGUUGCAAAGGCAGGCUAGCCCCAAUAUUGUAAUUGCACUAGCAGGAAACAAGGCAGACCUUGCUAACAAGAGAGCUGUGGACUUCCAGGAUGCACAAACAUAUGCAGAUGACAACAGCUUGCUGUUCAUGGAGACGUCAGCGAAGACAGCGAUGAAUGUGAAUGAAAUCUUCAUGGCAAUAGCCAAGAAACUGCCAAAAAAUGAACCCCAGAAUGCUCCUGGUGGCCCAGGCAGGAAUCGGGUGGUGGACCUUCAGGAGAGCAGCCAGCCAAGCAGAAGCCAGUGCUGCAGCAACUGAGCAGCUGCUGCGGCCCGCGAGCCCUUGGAGGACGUGACUGGAACCCACGCUAACGAUCGCACUUACCGUAGGGCGGCUGCUGCCGGCGCCGCUGUGAUUCUCCAUCCCUUUCUGAUCAUAGGCUGGAGGGAGUUCUUCCACCUGCACCUUUCUGUACAAAUACUAAUUCAAUUCUAAGUCUUAAGUCACUUUUUUAAUAUAUGAACUUCUGCUCUUCCCUCUUCCUGGUGGUGGUGGAUGCAGGACCUGGUGUCUGCCCAGCCAGCGUGGCCGUGCCGCGGGUGAGGCCAGCAGCACCCAGGUCCCACAGCACUGUAGUUCACUAUGGGAAACAAAGGGAUAUCGGGACACGUGUUUAAAGUUCCCUGUCUGUAAGAGCUGAGGCUGAUCCCGUAUGAUGCGCCCAGAACAACCACUAAACUGUAGCAUUAGAGACAAACUCCGGCUCUUGGGCCACUUAUUGACCAAAUCAAUGAUGAGUAUUUGGGGUGGGGCAGAGGGAAGCAAAACUGGUUUCUUCUGUAUUUUGUAUUGUAUGUUUCUCCAUGUAACCAAUCAGUAUCUUGUCAAUAUAGUACAUCCAACGAGCUGCCUGUUGUCUUUCUUUGUGUUGGACUCCAGCAUGCCAACUCUUCUUUUCUCUCGGUUCUGUCGUAAUGCACUAAUCCUGUUGCAACUUUUGCAAAAAAAAAAAAAUCUUGUAUAGAAAUUUGUCCUUUUCUUGAUGGUUGUGAUGCCACUAAUAUUGUUAACCCUGCUCUGGUGGGAAUACACAAGGUUUACUGAUGUACAGAGGUGGGGUGGGGGAAACCUUGGGUGACCUGUCGGUGGGAAUGACAUGUAUUGCAAAAGCCUGUAAUUCCACAAAGAAUGAAGGGAGGUAUUAAAUGGCUUCUGUUGCCAGACUCUAA